UGCUUGCUGUGGAUUCACGAUGACAGCUUUUCGGAAGAGACUGUGGUUUUCAACUCCGAUCGCGUAGCUCUCGAUGAAGGCUCUCUUUGUAAACUUGCGGCCUUGAAAAACACAGUCUCGACGCAUGAUUUCUCCAUCAGCACGCCAGCUCUGAAUGCCACGAGACCGGAAAAUACACCAGGAAAGACAUCUCUCCGCCAUGGUAGCAGAAAAUCCGUUAAGCAAGUAUCAGAUAUGGAGAAACAUGCAGAUCCUGCUAGAGCUUUGAUCUUUGUAGCUCGCGACAUGACUCCUGAGCAGAAACGGAAGCAGCCCAGGCUUCAGGUCUCUGUUCAUAGCAAUGCAGCAUCUGCAUUCGGCUUCCGCAACAACAUGCAGGCCAUAGUCCUUCCGGUGUUUGAGGAUGUCCAUUCUGCAUCUCAUGUGGAGAUUGUGUUUCGCGACCAGUAUCUGGCACGUUCGGAUAUGUGGAGGCUAACAGUAGCAGUAUUGAGUGAGAAGUCUGUCUACAAAGGCCAGAAACUGCUUUUCCUAGGCAGUAUCAAAGUCACUGUGAAGAACAUAUUCGUAGACGGACAGAAAGUAAGCUCAGCUUUCUUCUCGGCCUCUACGAAGCCCAUCUUUCGCAGCGAAUCUGCCAAGUAUAUGAUAUUUGUGCAGAUGUCUCGCGAAAUGUGGGACUUUGAUGCAGAGGGAUCUGGCGAGAUCAUGUUCAACAAGGUCAUCAACGGUUUCCUGCCCGAUCUAUUCAAGCGUUGGCAGAAACUCAACGUACAUCAUCUGGUCAGCAUCGUCAUGUUCACUCGGCUGGAAUACGAACGAGGUGUGCUGGUUCGUCGAGAAGAGGACGCAGACAUGCCACCCAACAACGGACGCUCGCCUGGGAACGGUCGCGAAUCUCGAGACUACUACCGAGUAGUCACUACUGACGCAGCAAGCAGCCGAUGGGUUGACAUUCUGUACAAGCUCAAAAGGGAGUUCAAAGUUUUUUUGAAGGACGUUUCUGUUGUAGGCGGCAAAGAUGCUUACGGUCCACCUCCAGAGACGCUAGCAUCAGUAAAAGCGCGUACUGAAACGGAGUCUAUCAUUGCUGGUCAACCUACGACAUCGGCACGAGGCAAUAUAUUGGAAGCGAUAAAUCUCGCUGCAUCACAAUUUUCCAAGGACUACAUUGACCGUGAUCUCGUACAUACUGGCAUCUCUUUAUGUAUCAUUACCCCAGGCACAGGAAUAUUCGAAGUCGACUACAACAUACUCAAAUUGACGACUGAUGCUCUGGUUGCAAGUGGUAUGGGUGUUGAUCUGGUAUCCUUGGCCAGGAUGCCUCUACAUUCUGUACCUCUGUUCAGAUACAGGAGCCCUCAUAUCCUUCCUGGCCUUCCGGUUGUAUCCGACAUCUACACAUUCGAAGGAGGCAGUACACCUCGCCAGGCUGGCUAUCUGGAAAGUCACAUGACCGGCACACCUAGAAGUACAGGCAGAUUCAUGCGGAGAGGCAGUAGUAACAACAACAAAGAACAGGUACCGGGUACACUGAUGGAAUCUGGAGUACAAUGGAGCUAUGCUCUGCCACACUGGAUCGAUGUUUCGUUCUGGACAGGACAUUCCGACGAGGAGCAUCUCCGCACUCAAUACGGUCUGAACUACAAGAAAAAGAAGGGAUCGAAGAGAAAUGAUCCGUUCACCACAAGUUGCCGGAUGUACGAACUGCAGAUGAUGGGUCUGAUGGAGACCGAGAUGAGCGAUAUUGCAAUCCCAGUGAUGCUACCUGGAUAUGCAAGUAUCGAGAAACCACGCCAACAACGACAUCAUCUUGAGCCUGCACCCACGGAGGAGCUCUCCGGAAGCUACGGCUCGACACGAUCGUUCCAUGGGUACAUCAGUGGCUCGCCGCAGCAUCAUGACGAUGAGUCUCACAUGAAGAUGGAUAUGCCUACACGCAAAGAGUUGGUCGACUGGAUGGCCGCUUACGACAAGCAAGUACCUUUCAGGACACAGGACUCUCCUCCAAUCAAAACAAUAUUGGAUCAGACCCCGAUUGAGUCAUCUCGGGCCAGUUUGGACACUACUGUGAGGUUCAGUACUUCGCCUCAGAAACCAAGAGGCAGCUUUGCAUCGACCCAUGCCAGACCUGGCGAGAGCCCACGAAAUGUCGGAUACCUUGAUAACAGAUCUCCUCCCAAACGUGCCGUACCCUCAGCCAAGAUGGACCAGCCCAAACAGUCGUCAAUACGUUCUAUGAAAACAACGCCUAGGAGAGCUCCCAUGCCACGCCAGAUCAGUCUAGUAGGAGGACUAGGAAUGGCAAAAUCAACUGCCAGUAUAAGUGUCAGCAGUGAAAGUGCAGGACUCAGCACUCCGACAUCUGAAGCUCCACCGAUACCCCCUGUCUCCAAAUCUGGUGGUGGUGGUGGGUUGUUCUCCAGUCUGACACAACAACUUCUGCAUACGUUGCAGCGAAAGCCAUCACAAGCCAGUCUGGCACGAACCGACAUCAGCGACCUUAGUGAUCGGGCUGACUCGGACAGAGCAAGCAUGGCUCAACGGAGCAACCCGAUUACUAUCAGAUCCAACUCGGUGGUCUCGGAACAUGGAGAGGACGAAGAGGAGUCGACAAAGGCCGAAACGUAUCGUAAACCAGCGACGAAGAUGCUUGAGGAUAUCGUAGUCCGCGACGUCUCGAAAGUGGGACGCCAGAAUGCCAGCAUGUCCGACUCUACACCAGACACCAUUGCGGACAAGGCCGACUACCAUCGAGUCUUGUCUCCUCUCACGGCCAUCUCCCCUUGGCUCACAAUGCUCAAUCCUUCGAAUCCGAAAAAGCACAACAUGAGCAUAGCAAGCCAAUUCCGUCGCUGGCAGCACAUUUUCCCGAAGCCCGUGCCCACCUCGGUGGUGAAAUGGAAGUCCUUGUGCUCACCGGCUUCUCUGCCAUUGACUGCAGAAUACUUCCCCACAGCCGAACAGCUGCGCAACGAGUACUCAGAGUCACCGUAUAAGAUACUGCCUCUAGACGAUGAUGACAUGUCUGAAGCGCCAAAGACUAGAGAAGCCCUGAUCAGAGAACUCAUUGCGUGCAGACUAUCGCAUGGCUUCCAGAUAGUUGUUGGUCCAGCAGCCACUGAGUUUGCGGGUACCAAAGCAGCUUCAUUGGUCAAAGUGUUUGACAAGAACUACAUGGCAGAAGAUGGCGCCACAGUAUUGAUGACGGUGGGAAAUAAUAUCCACCUUCUUGUCUGCACGGAGAACGGCGAGAUUGAGGUGCGACGAUACAACAGGAAGCCCGUUGCAGAAGUCGAGUAUACUGGCGCGGUAGACCCAACAGUGGCCUAUCAUCCAUACAUCCGCACCUAUCUGGGAAAAGGCUACGAGAUGCGCCCCGUUAUAUUCAAGAACCCGCGACCGACAUAUAACUGGAACGCGAUCGACCAUCACCUCGCUGGGUACAAGCAAGAGCACACUUCACAAGAUAUGCGCUUCUGGAGAGCGCGUUUCGUCUUGAUACCCGUUGAUCACAAGAUCAGAAGCGGGCAACUGGGCUUCGUCUCCGAAAACUCGGAAGAAGAGAUUCGACUAGAGGGUAUACAGAAACUCACGCAGAUAUGGCAGAGGCACCGCUAUAUUCCACCCGAGGAACGCCGUUUCCAGCAGUCCCUGCAGCAGAGGCGCAAGGAUCCCAAUCCGUUGGCUAUCGAGUACCACACUCACGAUCCUUCGAUGAUUGUUCGGAAUCACGCAACUGGGCUAGCAGAAGCUUUGUCGCAAGAUGAACCAGGUCACGACCUCUUUGCAGAAUCGGAAUUGUAUCACACCAACGACUUUGACAUGCAGAAGCUCGCACAACAUCUCCAGGCAGACCCGCCCAAGGGCAUACCGGUGGCUGACCGCAGAUGGCACUUCAAAACACACUGGAAAUGUUUCCGAGGCGAUCAUCUGACUAGUUUCCUUCUCGUCAACUUCAAGGAUAUCGAUACGAGAGAAGAUGCUGUCAAAUUGGGGAAUGCGCUUAUGAAAAAGGGCUUGUUUACCCAUGCAGUCCAAAAGCAUCAGUUCAGAGAUGGAAAUUACUUUUACCAGGUCGCGUCCGAAUAUCGGACUGCACCUUAUCCAGAGAACAAAUCUGGAUGGUUUGGAAUGGCAGGUCGAUCUGUUCCUCCAACACCCAUGCACGAAGGCUCCAAGGCGUCGCCGAAAUUCUUGCCUGUCGAUAAGACGCGAUCGCCGAAGAUUGGUCCUGUAGACAAAGCGCGCUCGCCACUGAUAGGGCCAUCUGAUCACACUCGCCCUCGCUCCGAUACAGACGAGAGCAAAGACUCGGAUAAGGGUAUACUAAAGCCAGAUUCUGGCAAGAAGUCUAAGCUUGAGCUCAGCCGCAGUCUACGCUAUGAUGUGGAUCAUCGCAAGAAAUCGUAUCGUCCAGAGAUCGUCACACUGCACUACGACCGCAUUCACAAUCCAGACAACUGCUACCACAUCCGUCUCGAAUGGAUCAAUGUGACAGCAAAACUCAUCGAGGAUGCUCUAGUGUCUUGGGCAACAAGUGUCGAGAGAUAUGGAUUGAAAUUGGUUGAACUGCCUAUCGCAGAAGGCCAUGCCAUUUUCCAAGUUCAUCCCUUCAGAAGACCCUACACCAUCAAAUUGGCCCUACAACCUCCAAAAGGAACACCCAAACAGUAUCUGGAAGCAGGCACAACAGCCUACGAAGAAAGCUACCCUUACCAAAGAGCGCUAGUCAGGAAAUUCGACUUUGUGCUCGACUACGAAGCUGCCAGCACCUUUGAUCCAGGCGUAGACGUGAGCUACUCAUGGGGAAAGCCAGACUAUCAAUUCACACAAUUCAUCCACAAGUCCGGCGGCUUGCUCUUGCAGAUCGAUGGUGAUGGAAAUUUGAUGCUCACCGCAAACCGCCUCUGCGUCAACCGCAGCAACACCGCCCGCGAAGCCUCAAGAUACGGCAUCGCAAGGCGAGACAAGCGGAAUUUCUCCACCCCAGCACCACCAGCACAUGCCUCUCCCUUCCUCAGUGCAUUCAAGCAAACCGAGCCCCAAAGCGUACUCUCCAAAAACUCGUUUACAGAAGCCAGCGUCGAGCCGGAAGUGGUGGCGCAGAAAUUGGAGCUCUUCUGCUCAGAUGCAGAGAAAUUGAGGGUGUUUUAUGAGGAUGCGUUGAGGCCUGCUGUUAGUCCUAGUCCGCACUUGACUCCCAGGCAAACUCCUAGGCAGACGCCUGUGUUGAGUGCGACUAGUGCUAUACCGCAUCUGGGCUUGCCGCCGAGUAUCAGUCUUAGGAAUGCUAGUUACGCG